UAUAUUUGGUGAUGGACAGUGCUGGACAUAUCGCAUCCAGGCUGGCCUUGGAUUUGUUGUGGUCCUAGGCUGGGAUGUGGGUAUAACUAAGCAGUCACUGAACAAAAUUCGUAGCGAACAUUUCGGCAACAGUUUUUGGUUACGGUAUCGAUUGGUACUAAAUUGUCAGCAGGAGCAGCAGCAGCAGCACCACCAGGAGGACAGGAGCAUGCCGCUGGGCAGAAAGUUGGCCAUUGGCUCAGAGGAGGCGCGCCGACAACGCGCCGAGCUGCGCACCAGCUAUGGCAAUAAGCUAUCCAAUAUGAAUUUGGGCCGAAUGCGCAGUCGUUCAAAUCCCGCUAACACAGAUGCCAAUCCCUUUCAAUCCACAACCUUGGCCAUGACCAGUAACGCGGCGUCAUCAACAUCAUCAUUGCGACGAAUUGCCUCCAGUUUUGCGCACGUCAGCGAUUUGGAUUGCGGCCGAUGUGCGGCACUGCCGCACGAAGAUUCCGAGGAGGAUGCGCGCGAGGAGCGCGCCGAGGUCCUCAUACGCAGCGAGCCAUUUAAAUCGAUUGCCGGAACGGCUGGAGCGACGGCAGCAUCACCAACAACAACAACGGCGGCAGCGGCCCAAUCCUCACGCGCGUCUGCAAGCCCAAAUGCCACGGCCAGCGGAGAGCGGCGCAAUCAUUAUCUCUGCGCGGAUGUGAUGCAAUCGCGUGCUAGCGAGCGUUGGGGUCAAAUUGCGGGCACCGUCUCCACCCUGUUUCGUGUGCGACGCAUCUCUACGGCGAAUCCGCUGUCGGAGCUGCGACGUCUGAGGGAGCAGCGCGAUCUGCUGGAGGCCUUUACGCGUCCAUUUCUCUACGAGGACAAUGUGCAGCGCAAAUAGAAUGUGGCGACCAACAUGACCAAGCGAUGCUGUGACCCCCAAUUCCACCA